UCGAUCCCCGUCAGAGACACGCAGAGUGAACGCCUUCAAAGUCUCCACAGCAGGAGGGAGCCAUGAGCUGAAAACAAAUCUUCCCCCCGAAGCAUUGAGUCCGAGAGUUGGACCAGAGCAAUGACGACCUUCGAUGACCUGCUGGAGGAGGCCGGCACGUUCGGCCGCUGCCAGAAGAGAAUCUUUGCUCUGCUCUGUUUGCUGUCGCUGCCUUUUUCAGGCGUCUACGUGGGCAUCGUUUUCCAGGGCUUCACCCCCGAUCACUGGUGCCGGGACUCUGCGGCGGUGGAGAGGAGGCAGGAGUGCGGCUGGAGCCUGGCGCACAGUCGCCGGCUGACGCUGCCUCAGGUCAACAGCUCCGGAGGCGUGCAGCCCAGCAGCUGUGAGCAGUACGAGCUGGACUGGAACAGCACCUCCCUCACCUGCGACUCUCAGGAGCUGGACCUCGGGGGGGUGCCUGUGACCACGUGCAAGGAUUCCUGGGAGUAUCAGUAUGAAGGCAGGAAAUCCUUCGUCACAGAGUUUGACCUGGUGUGUGAGAACGCCUGGCUGGUGGACAUGUACCAGGCCACUCUCAACGCGGGCUUCCUCGUGGGCAGCUUCGCUUUUGGGUACUUUGCUGACAGGUUUGGCAGAAGGAUCAGUUUCCUCGUGUCUAACAUCCUGAACGCCAUCUCCGGGCUCCUGCUGGCUGUGGCGCCCAACUACAUCUCCAUCCUGGUGUUCAGGACCAUCUUCGGCUUUGCAGUCAAAGGCGGCUGGAUGACGUGCUACGUGCUGCUGACGGAGAUCGUGGGGGUGGAGCACCGGCGGACGGUGGGGAUCCUGUUCCAGAUGUUCUUCAGCAUCGGCAACCUCCUCCUCUCACUGCUCGCCUACGUCAUCACCGACUGGCGCUGGCUGCAGGUCGUCUUCUCCGCCCCUUACAUCUUCUUCGUGUCCUACUACUGGUUCAUCCCAGAGUCUCCGCGGUGGCUCGUCUCCCAGAACAAGUCCUCCAGAGCCCUGGAGAUCACCGAGGCCAUGGCCAAGGAGAACAAGAGGAAACUCACCAAGACCUUCGAGACGCUGUCUAGUGAUGAGGGCGACUCCUCCUCCGCCUCGCUGCUGGACCUGGUCAGAACCCCGAACAUGAGGAAACACACCUUCAUCCUCAUGUUCAACUGGUUCACCAGUGCUGUGGUGUACCAGGGCCUCAUCAUGCGGGUGGGGAUCGCCGGAGGAAACGUCUACGUUGACUUCCUCAUCUCUGGACUGGUGGAGUUCCCCGCCGCCUUCCUCAUCCUCUUCACCAUCGAAAGCGUCGGCAGGCGUCUCCCCUUCGCCGCCGCCAACAUCGUGGCCGGAGCCUCUUGCUUUAUCACGGCUUUUAUUCCCGACCACAUGUUCUGGUUGAAGACGGCGGUGGCCUGCGUCGGGCGGCUCGGUAUCACCAUGGCCUUUGAGAUGGUCGUGUUUGUGAACACCGAGCUCUACCCGACAUUCGUCAGGAACCUGGGAGUGUCGGUCUGUUCCUCGCUGUGUGACAUCGGAGGCAUCGUGGCUCCGUUCCUGCUCUACAGGCUGGCCGUCAUCUGGCUGGAGCUGCCACUCAUCAUCUUCGGAGCCGUGGCGUUCAUGGCUGGAGGUUUGGUUCUACUGCUUCCAGAAACCAGAGGAGUUCCUCUGCCGGAGACCAUCGAGGACAUCGAGUUUCCUCACAGGAGGAAGGAGAAUCCGCUGGAGAACCAACAAACAAAGACACUUUUAAAAGUCGACCUGACGAGCAACAAGGAAACAACAAGUGUGUGAUUGUGUUUGAUUUUGUGUAUGUGUGUGUAUGUUCAUUUUGCUUUUGCAACAACAUGUUGACAUGUUGAUGAAAUCAAGGAAAUAGUUUUUUAUACAAUUUCUAUAAAGUAUGACUUCCACAUUU